GGUCAAGGUGAAUGUCGCUCAACACAAUAUGGCGCUUUUGAUCUACUUGAUGCGUAUGGUGAAGGCGUUACUUGAUAAUAGUUCUCUUUUUCUUGAAAAAUAUGUGAGUCUAUAUAUCAUAAAAAGAUUACCUGCAUUGAAAUCUAUGUACUAAGAUAGUAUUAGGCAGGUACUGUAGUAUAUGUGGUUUAAAAUAUGGUAGAGUAUUGACUUUGAAAAUUUUAUUCUAGCUUCAUGAACUCAUCCCUGCAGUUGCUACAUGUGUCAUAAGUCGUCAAGUUUGUGCCAAACCAGAAACUGAUAAUCAUUGGGCACUUCGAGAGUUUGGAUCUAAGUUAUUGUCACAGAUGUGUAGGUAAAUAGUAUGAUAUGGAAAGCACAAGAAUAUUUUGAAACUCUUCCUCCUCACUUCUAAGGCGGUGUCUCUACACCCCAUGUCUGUUACGUCAAAUUAAUGGGUUCUCCCCUUAUUUGAGUAUAUGUUUUGCGGACAUUUUAAGGACCAUUUGUUGUUGUAAAUAUGUAAUUUUAAGGACCAAUAGACUGCACUAUUUAUUGCACUCUUGCCCCGAUGGCCUCGUUUUCAUGUGGGUAUUUCCUCAUGUUUUAUGCAUGCACAAUAGAGUUAUUAAGUAAGGAUAGGCUUGUGAUUGGGAUCAAGAUCAAAGAGAAAUAUUCAUGCACGAAACACGAGAUACAACCUUGGCAAACAUGUUAACAUGGAAACGAUGCCGUAUAAAUGACCAUUGGGAUAAAAGUGCAAUAAAUAGUAAAGUUUAUCCAACAAUGUCCGCGGGACAUCGCGCAUUACGUGUUUAUCCGCGUUUGACGUCAUUAUGAAAAAGGUCUAUUUUCAGCUUCUCACAGGCCAUUGUUGAGGUGACUGAAAAAUGAUCAUUUCGUGAAAUGACAGUUGUGAGAUUCAAAAUAUCGAGGAAGCCCACACUGCAGCAAUACAUUCAUUUGUUGUUUGACAACCUUCUGUCCGUUGUUCAACUCGGUUUCUUAUAUAUCAUUGUGUCUCUAGAAUGUUCAGUACAACAACUAACAAUAUCCAGCAACGUAUUACGAAGACACUGUGCAAGGUACGACUUCAAAAAGAUAAUUUAUUAUGUUACUAAUAAAAAGGAAGCUAUGAAGGUAUUGUUUGGUAUUAUGUGGCAAUGUGGAUAAAAACCACCGACCGAUACAAUUUAGCUCCAGUAAAAAUAGAUUGAGCAGUCAGUCGAGAUUUGCCAUAGGACGGUUGGUUAAAUUCCUGGGGCCAGUUGUUCGAAAGCCGAUCAGCUUAACCCUAGGUUAACCUAAAAUUCAAAGCAAGCUUCCCAAGAGCUUAUCUAUAAAUUUGGAAAUAUUUCUUCAGAGAUCUUGUCUGGAUCGAUAGGAGCUUCUCUGAAGUUUUGAAAUAAACAGACGUGCAGAAAUACACAAACUAAAACAGCAGGUUAAAUUUUAACCCAGGGUUAGCGCUAACCCACCUUUGAACAGCCGGCUCCUAAAGUAUACCAUAGUCUGAUUAGUGUAAUUAAAAAAGGAACAGCAAAUAACCAAAACCUUUCAUAUAUGGGACCCUAUUGCAUAUCGCUGUUAGUUUGCACCGAUGUUAUGCGGCAUUUGUAGUAGAAGUUUCAACAAUUACUGCAAAUUUCAAACCACUUCCAUACCAAAUAUCUUCAAUGCAAAUGACCAUUAUAUUUCAGGCACUUCAGAAUGCCAAAGCACCUUUAGCCACCCACUACGGCGCAAUAGCAGGUCUCGCUGAAAUGGGAACUGAGGUAAUACUGAAAUAAUUAAUAUGUACAAUAAUAUUGUAUUGC